CUUUCUACAGGCCUUUGUCUAUCAAUCACAGUGAACCAAAGAGCAUCUUCUCAAGGCCUUAUAUUGAGAUGCUUGCCCGAAGGUCAAAAGUUGACCCACUUAGUGACUGUCCUCUUGGAGACGGCUGGAAGGUUAUUGAACUGGACCUUGACAAGAAGAUGUCAGCUGCCUUGGUCAAGUGUUUCUUUUUUCACAGAGGGUGUGACACUACGAUGAAACUGUCUGAGCUUGGGUCACACAUUCUGGACUGUUUACAUAAACCCACUGGGGACCUAGAUGCAAAGGAUGUAACAGAGACAAAUUGGUAUAAGAAGCACUUUGAAUCAGCCAAAUGUCUGGAGACAGAGACCAAACACACCUGUGAGAUUCGUAACUGGGAGAAAAGACUACAAAUGACAGCAGCAGAAGACAGUGUUGACAAGUUGUGUGCUUUGGCCCAGGAGCACCUGAAACUCUACAGGCAACAUCUGCCAAAGCCAGGAGACCUGUUGCACCAUGAAGAUGGCCAGUCUCCUCUGCAUAGCCUGGAGCAGGCUGCUGUCCACUAUGCAUCAGCUAUCAGACUUAACUCCAGAGAUGCCAGGCUUCACUUCCAGCUGGGUCUCGUGCUGGAGGAGCACCAUUACGCUACAGAGAUGUACAGCCUACAGAGGAAGGCUGACAAAGAGAGAGAUGAAUUAAGUGAUGCCAAAUCAACAGCACAUCAGGAUGACAUCUUGGCUGUGUGUAAACUGCACGGUUUCCUUGGAACACCCACAGUAGAGAACCAGCUGCAGGCUCUGGAUAAAGAGUAUCAUCUGCUCAAAGAGCAGGGACAGUCCAGCAAAGCAGACUAUGUUCAGACUCUCUACAUCUGGCUUUCUAAGAAAACUGGCAAGGACAUCAGUGCAACUAUGCAGGAUAAAGAGAGCUAUAUCCACCGAGCCCUUCUGAAGUACCUGGAUGCCUGGUCUCUGUGCCCAGAAAGCUGGGAGUACAGCCUCCAUGCAGGAAGGCUGCUGCUGCUGCAAGGGAGGGAAAGGGAAGCCCUGCUGCACUUUCACAAUGGGCUGGCCCUACGACCCCUACACCCUGCACUCAGAUUCUUCGCAGGCCUGGGUCUGCUACUGCAGGAACAGAAAGCCUCUGAGGAUGCAGAGAAGGAGGCUGCUUUGUUCUUACAACAGGGACUGGAGCACUUUAUCAGCCAGCGCUGCAGCAAGAGCUGGGAGGAGCAGGAUCUAUCGGACCCUCUGUCCAGCCGCAACACACAGUUCCUACGUGGCCUUCUUACUCUGGGGCAACUGCAGCAGAGAAGCACAUUAUGCACAAAGGCCAUGAGUGCUGAACAGGUCUAUCAUAUUGUGGCAAUGCUGAGUGCCCAGAGUGUGAGUCAGUGUGUACGUCGUGGUGAGGUGAGCAGGCAGCUGGAGUGGGUGCUGCUGGAUGCUCACUUUGCCCUGCUGCAGAGGCUGACCCAGCAGAGUGAAUGCCAGGCUAAGACUGGCAUUGAGAGGCAGUCUCUGGUGGCAAAAAGAUGCCAGGCCCUCACAGCUCUAAUACGUCACACCUCUAUCACUCCCUGUCAGGAACUUCUUGACAUGCAGGAAAGGACGUGCCACCUUGCAGUAGUAACCACACCGCGUGACAGCCAUGCCCUUUGUCUCUUGGGUCUGGCACAGCUGGCUCAGUACGACAAUAACCCAAAUUCAGAAAGGUCAAAGGAAGCUAUAAGUGAUGCCUUUCUCAGCCUCCAGGCCAGCAUUGAGCUGGAACUCAAGACUCAGAUUGGAGAGCCACCUGAACAGCUGACCAAACAAAAGUGGUGGCAGGAAAAGGUGGAGGUUAAAACUAAGGAAGCUGCCAAGCAGUCCAUCACCCAACCAGCUGGUGUAAAGGAGACUUGUGACAUCAAAUUGGCAAAAAGAGGAGUGCAGCAGAGCAGGGGAGGUUCUAGGUGUGUAGCAGUAGCUGUAACCAAAGCACCAGCUCCAGCUCCCACCAGGGGAGGGAAGGCUGUCCGGAAUCCAGCCAAAACCCCUGCAGCCAGGGGGAGUUCUGGAGCAGCUGCCAAGCCAGAUAGGGUGAAACUUUCUGGUCAUAACACUAAACCUCAGCUCCCGCUCAACAAGUCUAAACAGGACAGUUUCUCUGAUACUUUGAGGAAAGCUGAGGUUGCUGUGACAGACAAAAUCCAUGAGUCCAGUCUGAUGAACCGCAGAUCUCAUGCAGCAAGACUGGGUCUGGCUCGAGCUUACUCGCGAUCUUCAAACACCCAGGACCAAGCAAAACAGCUAUACCAAGAGGUCAUCGCAAUGGCACCAGAGAUCCAUGAUGCCUACAUCGAGCUUGCGCAGCUGCUGGAGCCAUCCGACCCUCACGCUGCUUUGGAUGUAUACUGCAAAUUCCCUUUGAAGCCUGUGGCUCAGCAAAACUUCGAGGAUGCCUUCAUCACAGGAGAGAUUGUGCGCAUACUGAUGUCUGAGGAGCAGUACGACCACCCACAGCUUGGCCCCAGCCUCAUAGCUUAUGGCAAAGUCAUGGGCCUAAGUUGCAUAGAGAAUUACAUUCACAUUUUGGAUGGAAAGUCUAAGACCAAGCUGCUAAAGACCGUCUACGCGGGGAUCCACAACAGACAAGAGGAUGAUGAGGAUCUGCAGAACUUCUUCAAGUUCAAGUGCUGGAUAUGAUGUUUUUGAUUGUUUGCUGUGUUGAUGUAAUAAAUUCGGAGU